CGAUGCAGUGUCCGUGAGUCCAGUGGAUUCACACCGAUUUCGCCAAUUAGUGCAUUGGUGGAGGGGAGGUGUAGGUGAGAGCGAGUGGAGAGGAGCUGCAGGAAGAUUUUUAAUCAGUGACACAACAUGGGUUGACCAAAGGGGAGGGGAGGGAAGCAGCAGCAGUAAUUAACAGUGUAAAAAUCUGCGUGCUGCUGGAAGGAGACGAUCACCGGGCUUAUCAAACGCUCAACAAACAGUGCGCUGGACUGCAUUUCCAUCCCAAAGUUUUAUUUUAUCUCGACUCGCUGUGGAUCUUAAACCACUGCUGGAACGCGCAGACGUCCGUGUUUCUAUUGGCUGUGCGCAGCGUCGCUCAGAGGAAUGACGAUUUUGCUGCUAUAACCAGCUGAUGCUGAGGCUAUGAACGCGGAGCCUCUGAAGAACUGUUGACGGUACAUUGACACCCCGUCAUCGGCGUUAUGCCUGCGGAUUCGGUCUACCGUCCGUCCAAAGACUGAGUGAGUAGGACAUUUGAUCGUGUCACGACGCACAGGCCCGGGUUUCCCCCCCUCCUCCAUCUCCUGUCGCUCCACAUGAUGUUUCUUCGUCUUCCCACAUCAUCAUUUUCAUGGGCAUGAUGCUCCGUGCUUCACAGAUUGAGCUUUCUCACUUCGUACAGGCGUCACAUCGCAUCUGCAGGUAAACCUUCGCGUGGUUUAAACGGUUUGCCGGCAUGUAGUGUUGGAUGGAAGUAGAAGAAGGACAUCAGCACAUGGAAUAAAGGGAGCGCAAAGGACAUCUGAAUACACUCGACUCAGAUACCUAAUAAUUACAAUAAUAAGAGAUAUUUUUAAAAAGUCCAGAAAAGAGGCAGAGAGAGGGAAAGAGAGAAGCUAUGGUGUAAAGGGAGUGAAGAUGGGCUGUGGUCAGACGCUUGCAAUGUUCCUCCUGGAGUCCACAGUUCACUCCACCGGCUGGUCAAAGCAGGAGUCUCCUCGCUAAAAACCCGAGCAGCUCAUUUCACCCGCUGGAGGAGCCCUCACUCUCGGUGAUGUAAUGAAUAAGUUUGAAGUCCUUGGCAUUGUGGGCGAAGGAGCAUAUGGAGUGGUGCUCAAGUGCAGGCAUAAGGAAACCAAUGAGCUGGUGGCGAUUAAGAAGUUCAAAGACAGUGAAGAAAAUGAGGAGGUCAAAGAGACCACUCUUCGGGAGCUGAAGAUGCUUCGGACACUGAAGCAGGACAACAUCGUCGAGUUGAAGGAGGCUUUUCGGAGGCGGGGGAAGCUCUACCUCGUCUUCGAAUAUGUUGAGAGGAACAUGCUGGAGCUACUAGAGGAAAUGCCCAACGGUGCUCCACCUGACAAAGUCCGCAGCUAUAUUUAUCAGCUCAUCAAAGCCAUCAACUGGUGUCACAAGAAUGAGAUUGUGCACAGAGAUAUUAAACCAGAGAACCUCCUUAUCAGCUCUGAGGAUGUUCUCAAACUUUGUGACUUUGGUUUUGCUCGUAACCUGUCUGAAGGAACAGAUGCCAACUACACUGAGUAUGUCGCCACAAGGUGGUACCGCUCACCUGAGCUGCUGCUGGGGGCUCCUUAUGGAAAGGCGGUGGACAUGUGGUCGGUGGGGUGUAUCCUCGGGGAGCUGAGUGAUGGACAGCCCUUGUUUCCAGGGGAAAGCGAGAUUGAUCAGCUUUUUACCAUUCAGAAGGUUUUGGGGCCACUUCCUGCAGAACAGAUGAAACUCUUCUACAACAACCCUCGAUUUCAUGGAAUCAGGUUUCCAUCAGUUACUCAUCCUCAGACUUUGGAGAGACGUUACCAAGGCAUCUUGAGUGGUUUGAUGUUGGAUUUGAUGAAGAAUCUGUUGCUGCUCAACCCUACUGAGCGUUACCUAACAGAGCAGAGUUUGAACCAUCCAGCCUUCCAGCCUCUGAGGCAGGCAGAGAGAGAGAGGCCUCCGCCUGCUUCUCCCAACCCGCCACGCUCCUCCAAGAGAAAAACACACCAUCAUGGAGAGAACACGGUUCCUACAAGGAGUCACACUAAGAGUUCAAGCCGUCGUUCCAAUAGCAAAGAAUGUUCCAGCCUCCCUCGCCACGGAGACCUCCAUCACCUCGGGAAUGAGAGUUUCCUCAACGGCAACAAACCGGCACCAUCCAGUUUAAGUCCGACUCUGCACCCCAAGGGCCAGUACAUGUCCCAGACUCUUAAUCGUUCUAUCUCCUCCAGCAAAGAUCUGGUUAACAACAACCUGCCACACCUGCUCAGCCCCAAAGAAUCCAAAAGCAAAACAGAGUUUGAUUUCAACUUGGGACCCUCCCCGAAGUUGCCGGACCAGGGACAUGGGGUAAAGUAUGGCCACGGCAAACCCAGCUCCUCUCGCUCUCAGCAGCAACAGCAGCAGCAGCAGCAGCAGCAGCAGGUCAGUCGGCACACUUUCCUGGAAAACAAAACUAACACCCUACAGUCUGGGGCAGAAAAACAACACAGUCGACACGCCCACAGUAUGGCCGACUCUGCCCACGGAUCCAUGUCCUCAUCCUCUAAGAGCUCAGCGUCUUAUCUCAGUCUGUCCAAGAGCCACAGCGGACUGAGCGAUGCCAAAUCUGUGGGGAAUCUCAGCGACGGUCGACUCCACCCGGAUGACCCAAACUCUAACACGACAGCUGGGGUGGGACCCAGUGCCCGCUUCUUCCCUGCCAGCUGUUUAGACCUCAACACCCCUUCAGGUCCUUCUGGGCCUCCUGGCAGCCCCUCUACUCGACACAGUGAUCGAUCUGGACACAGCCCCGCCUCUCGUAGCAGCGGCAAUGCCCGCAUGGAGAGCAGCACGCUGGACUCUUCAUCCAGGCACAAAUCCAGACAUAAAUCUUUAGUGCCAGAGGACGCUGGUGCGCCGGAGCUCUUGGACCCAGGAGGACCUGGGAUGCCCUCCACUCACACUCUGCCUUCCCCUCACGAGUCUUAUCAUUACGGCCUCGGCUAUACCUCGCCUUUCUCCUCUCAGCAGCGGCCACAGCGCCACUCCAUGUACGUGAGAAGGGAACGCCACCGGCCACACGGAGUGGAGACGGCGAUGGCGGGCUUGCCUCCGCCGGGGCAGGCGAUACCAACACGAGCCAGUAGCCUGCAGCUCCUCUCCCCACAGCUGCAGCACAGGACCACCCUCGCUGGACACUCAGUGAGUUCUUCGAGGGAGGACUGCACGGACGACAUGACGAGGAGUGAGCAGUCCCCUAAAGACAUGAGCCACCCUUGUGCCCCCAUCAAAGACUCUACGCGGGACAACACUGCUGCUUUUCUUACACAGCGCUCUAAAAACGAGGUUGGCAUGUACCACGACCCUCACGUUGAGGACGGAGCUUCCUCCAAGGAGAACCGGAUGAUCUUCACUGAGUCCAUGCCUCGGAGAGUAGGGAGCUUUUAUCGAGUCCCUUCUCCCAGGCCAGAUAACUCCUCUUUCCACGACGGCGUCGGCCAGGGUCGAGGGCCAGUCGUACCCAUUGUACCCGGAGACCCUGUCGCCAUGGCCAACCACUCCAAACGCCAGACAGCUUUUGACUGGACUACUGCAGAAGCAAUGGUCAUGAAUCCUCCAGAGCCCGCCAAAGAGAAGGAAAAGCAAGGCUUCUUCAGAGCCAUUAAAAAGAAAAAGAAGAAGUCACAAAUAACCGACAUGGAGGACGGGAGGAAUCCCAGCAUCAAGAAAAGCCUUUUCCCCCUCUUUAGCUCUAAAAAUAGCUUAAAGCACAACUCAGCUGUCAAAGUCCUACCUGUAGUCGCCUCGCCUAUGGUACAACACCAGCCUGCCGCGCCCUACCCUGCCUCACCAGUUCCCGGGAACGGACAGGAUCACUUGUCCCUGCAGAGGAGCUCCAAGUCGUCCUCUCACCACAGCAGCCGGCGGAAAAACCGCGAGCGAUCCCGAGACAGAGAUCGAGAACGGGAACAGAGCCGGGACAGAGACCGGGACAGGGAGAGGGAACGGGAGCGAGAACGAGAGAGAGAAAGGGAGAGAGAGAGGGAGAGAGGGAGGGAGAGAGAGAGAGUCACUGACUGGCCUGACAAACAAGUGGACUCACACUCUCAGAGCCAACCACUCAAGUCACUACGUAGGCUCCUUCACCUCUCCCCUUCUUCCUCAAAUCAAGGACAGGCUCCCCCUCCUCCUCCUCCUCAAGACCUGCGCUUCCAAGCCCCCAUGCCCAACCCUCCUCAGCCCUCCUCCAAAGCAGGCUACCCCGAGGGUCGAGGUCAUGCCGACAGCAGGGGGCACACUGGGGUGAGCAGCUCCACCCAGGCUAAGAGCCGCAAGGCCAGCUACCCCCUGCCGGGACAGAUAGAGUCCAGCUGGCACGUAUCUGCUUUACAGCGGGCAGAGGGGGCUCAGUUCACCUCUGAACAGCUGGGCAUCAAACCGGGUCAGAAUGGACCCACUUUUACCCGAGCCUCCCGCACCAGGAUGCCAAACCUCAACGACCUGAAGGAGACCGCCCUCUAAAACCUCUCAACCACACCACCUCCGAUGCAGCUCCAUCCCGGAAGCACCUGCCAGAAUGCAGACAUCGUGGUACUGCAGUAAGGGUCUACACAAGAGCCUUUUUCACUGGAUCAAGUCCUAAUUCAGAAAUGUAGUAAUCUGUCGAUGCUCAUGCCUCUGAAAUCUAAAAGCCUAGACGUUGACCGGCCAAACACCUGGGACAGUGUGGUUUAGGGAAGCAAAGAUAGGGAAGGGCCCAUCGUUUCUUGAGAUGCCAGUACUGUAUCAGCUCUAUAUUAUUGUCUGUCUCUACUUGCAAGGUUACAUCAGAACAAGCUGAUCAUCCCUGUCAAGGAGACACUGCCCAUGUGGCCUCUUUGCUGCCAUCUUCUGUUCACAGGACGCUACUGCAACACAUUAGACAGCCACUGUCAUAGCAGUGGCCAAUAAACUCAAAUGUUUUUCAAGCUCUGAUAUUUGAUAAGAACAUAAAAAAUGAUUUAUAUUAACAUUAUUUAUGAAAUAUUUAUUUGUUUUAAAUUCAAGGAUAUAAGCUAUAAAUGACACAGUAUGUAGGUUAUAUGGGAAUAUUAUAAGGUAAUAUAGAAUUAAAUGUGUAAUUGCAAGAGCUUUAGUUUCGACACAAAGAAAUGCAUAGAUAUUUAUGUGUUGAUAAUACAAUAUGUCACAAGGAAUAUUUAAUAAUGGUGAAUGUCUUUUUUUUUUUGUUUGUUUGGUUUGAUAUGUUAUUAGCAGAUUAUCAUGUUAUGUUGUUUUUACCCUUUUUUCUGAUUGUUUCAUCAAAAUGUAAAAAGAAAUACUGACAAAUAUAUAAAAUAUCUGAUAUUACAAAUAGUGCAAAUCUGCCCAUCACCCUCAUGACAUCAGUUUUGACGUUUUGUGACAAGUUGGGCUAUUUGUUAGCAGGGUUUGGUAGCAGAACAGCCAGAGUGAGACUGUUAGGCUCUGUGCUUCACAUAUUGUAAUUGUCAGGUCAUUUUAUCUUACAUUCCCAUUGUCGCAGUUUUCAAAUUUGCCCAUUUUUCAGUCCCUCAGUUCGUUUAGUGACAAACAGCUUUCCAGCAUCUUGUUGCUGCCAUGUUGGUUUUGUCCACAGCCUUAAAAACCAUUUAACGGGCAUCUUCGCCCACAUCACCACGCAGCUCUAGUGAGGGAGGUUUACCUAACAUGACAUUGAAAAUUUAAAGUGUUUUGAGACGGCAGGGAAGCUCUCUGCAAAAAGGCAUACCUCACCUGCAACCUUUAAGAUCUUAAAGGAUAAGUCUGGUAAUACUUUAUCUUUAUCCAUUUAUUUAUUUAUUUAUUUUGUCAGAAAUUCCAAAUGCAUUGUCUGUGCAGCCAAAGUGGGGUGUAUGUGCUCUAAAAAUCUUUAGAUUCAUUUUAAUUUGUUAUUGAAAUUUGUUAUUGACUAAAGUAGAGAAUAUGCUCAUUUUAAUAUAGUAAGUACAGUACUUGAGUGAAUGUGGUUACUUACAUUCCCCCACUGGCUGGGUGUGGGCUUUUCACAGGACUUUGCUGACGCCAUGAAUUAUAUGAAAUAACACCAGACUUAUCCUAUAAUAUGUGUUUACAUUUCCUGUGUGCAUUUUAAAAGCUUGUGUUAUCAAGAGUUUUGUAAAAGUCUUUUGUAAAUCUGAAUUUGAUUUUCCAGUUUGCAUUACUAUUAACAUUAACAGUCAUAAUCAGGGAUGAUUUUACUUAACUUGAUUGUUCAUUAAAGCAUUUACUAAUUGUCUUCUGAUCUGUGGGCAAUGUAAAGCUGAGGUGUGUAGAAUGAAAAACAUUUUGUGGCCUAGGGGAAGUAUACAGCAUUGUUUUUCCCCAGUUUUUCCAUUAUUCUUCAUUCUGUCCUCCUUAAUAUAAAACAGUAUUAAGGCCGCUGGGGGGGGAACAAAAAACAAAAUAAACAGUCUUGUUGCAUUAUUCUCAGAAUUCUGAUUUUAAUUUGAGAAUUCUGGCUUUUUCUCAAAAACCUGACUUGAGUUGCAUAAUUCUUUAAUCUGACAAUUCUGACUAUUUUUCCAGACAUUUUGCUCAAACAUCUGACUUGUUCUCAAAAAUCUGGCUUUAAUCUAAGAAUUCUAACAUUCUCCACAAAAAUCUGAAUUCAAUUGGGAAAUUCUGACUUUUUUUGUUUUUCUCAAAACUCAGAUUUUAGUAAUUCAGGCUUUUUCCCAUAAUUCUGGAUGUAAUCUAAGAACUGUGACAUUUUCCUCAAAAAUCUGACUUUAGUUGCAAAUCUUUUUUUUUUUUUUUUU